AUGGGGACCCGUCAAAAACAAGAUCUUACUAUUUUCAAUGACAAUAGCGUCAUAUGUCCACAGCUACUAGACUCUAAGAUUUUCCAUCCUUUCACUGGGUUAAUCACUUCAGUGGAAGGAACCUCUCCAAUAUGGCUCAUCAAUACCCUAAUAGAAGAACUUUUGUUUGGGAAAUGCCGGCUCAAUUCCUCAGUGUCAUCGCAUCAUCAUAACACAUCGCUUUCAAAGAAAUUAGAUCGACAAGUAACCUAUAUCUCAUUAUCCAACAACUUGAGUUAUUAUUCUUAUUAUUUUAAAAAAUUAACCAGCAUUGACUUGACAACCCAACAAGACAGAUUCCAAUUCAUUAAUUGUUUUGAUGAUUUGUUCACGAAAAUCUUGAAAGAUGGAGAUAUUAGUGAGGAAUCUGUGGUGAAAAACUUGUUUGAAACUCAUAUUUUGAAGAAUAUCGCCCCUUCCAACAACCGUAUUAUUUUCAUUGACGGAUUGGAAUUCUUGGUAAGUGCUAGCAAUGUCAAACCAAUCACCAUGGUCAAAUUUCUUCAUAAUCUUCAGAAAUCUUGCCAGGGAUUGUUUUUGAUCUCAUCAGUGGAUGAAGAAUUAAUUGAUUUUGCAGAAAAUAACGACAGGUUGAUUGAGCACCGGAUCACUCAGUUUUAUUCUUACAUGAUACACAAAUCCAAUUUCGUCGUCAAUGCCAGACCUUUGAGUACCGGUAGAGCUGAUGACAUUUCGGGAAAUUUAAGAAUAAGUAAGGGUAUGGUUGGUUUAGAUUGGUUAUUAAAACAUCCCCAACCUAAUAACUUGCAAGUUCUUGAAAAGGAAUAUUUGUUUCUUGUGAAAAAGGAUUUCACAGUAGACUUAUUUUACAAAUAA